AUGAGUCUCUCACAGCUUCUGGUCAUACUCUUACUGACAGAAUCAACACUUUUCUUCCUAAAUCUAACUUCUGACUGCACUGGCAGAAACCCUAACUUCACACUCAGCGGGAAGAUCCAGAACUGGAUCUCUGGUGUUGACAAACCCUUGAAGCCUCACACACCAGCAACUCAGACUUCCAACUCAGUUCCCCCUUCCACUAUCUUCACGCACCUCACAGAGACUUCCCAAGUCACUAUCGAAAGCGCUACCUCGGCCGGGACUGGUGGGAAAUCUGGUGGUGUCCUUGUUGGAGGCUUUGAUGAUGAAGAGCCAGAGGAUGAUUCUUUGGAAUGCCAGGUUGCUCAAUCAACGGUCAAGAAAGGCAGGGAGGCUGCGACUACCAUCGCACUCAUGCUCAAUGACUCAGAUGAUAGUCUAUACGAUGAUGGGCCUAGGGCUCCAUUCACUCAGAGUAGCAAGGCACGGCCAGUACCUCACCUCAGGCCCAUCCCCAAAAGGAAGGCAGAGGAAAUCCUGGAGGUUUCGUCUGCUAGCGAAUUCAAAGACAUCAACGCUGCUCAAAGUGACGACAACCUACUAUCGGAUAUCGACCAUGACAACUAUUUGAUGGAUGUUGAUCCACCCCAAUCAGACCUCAAGCUGACGACAUCCCAACCUGUGGUCAAGCAAGGUCCUGCUGACACAGGAGUACUCAUGAGAAUGCUGUUGAAGCUGCAGAAUGCUUGCCACACUACAAAUUCGGUAUCCGUCAAAACUGUAGACACGAAUGCUCCAGCAGCCAAGAGGGUGAAGACUGAACCGAUCACAGGGCCAAUCAGUGUUACUCCCGCACAGGCCCAGCCUGGAGUUCAAUUCGACAUGCCUAUGGAAUCAGCAAAACCCCGAGCACAAUACUGGAUCACCGACCUACCUGCGCCAGUCCAGGCAGACCACCGCUGGGCCAAGAAAUUCUGCCCGACCAUGAUCUUGUGGAUGGGGAGUCUCGAAGACGACCUCAUUUGGACCAUCACAGAUGUGAAGUUACUCAAGCACAUUCAAAUUAUAUUUGAUGUGGUGUACCCAGAGCUCAGCCUUAAAGUGGCUCAGAAUGGUGUUAUAUUCUCGCUCACAAUUCAACGCCUCUCUGAAUGGCGUAGCACCUUCGGCUCAACAGCCAUUGCACUCAUCAUUGAUUUCUUGCUAACCAACGCAGACUGUGACUUGCAGGUUCUCUCACACCUCCUCUUGAAGGAUUACGCCUUCCUCUUCGGAGACAUGGACCUACGUGAUCCCCUUGGAGUGUACCACUCUGCCUUCAUGCUUCAACUCUUCGGAAAGGCACACCUUGCCUGCAUUGGUGGCCACAUCAACAUCCCCACACUAAAGACUCACACCUUAGCAACCAGUGGAAUGGUAGGCACCUUCUCACUUUGUGCUGCAGCUCUCGAGUGCGCCGUUGAAAUGAUCGCCAAUGGUGAUAUCAAGGCUGAGGAUAUUUUAGCCACAACAUCAUCCACCAAGACCAGCAUUAAGCUGCUGAAAGUCCUCAACAAGGUCACUGGAAAGGAGAUGAGCAUCCCCUUUCUGUUCUUGUGUGAUAGGUGUGCCAAGAAGACGAAGAAUUACGCCAGGUCCAUCAAGAAGAAGGGAGUGGCCUUCGUAGUGUCUUUGACGGAGAUCGCACGUUCAGCAUGGAAGGAAAAUGUCUGGCCCGCGGACUCAACUGUCACAGAUGAUGAGUCCAAAGAUGAAUGUGCCUUGCUGUGUAUCUAUGCACUACCUAUUUUCAUUUGUAUUUUUAUUGAAUUGUGGGUGCUUUUGACAGAAAUCUUCGACAACAUCACAUCCACGCACUGCUUUAGCUGGUAA